AUGGAACAAAGGAGAGGUGAAACGCGGGGAGCGAGAACAAAAUGGAUUAUAAUCACGUUGCUGUUGAUCUUAAUUUGGAAAUGCGCUUCUGGACAGUUUCGUUAUUCAAUCUCUGAGGAGGUUCAAGAAGGAACAGCGAUUGGAAACGUCGUUAAGGAUUUAGGUCUUGAUAAGAAUGCGCUGAAGGAGAGGGGGGUCCGCAUUGUCUACGGCUCGAAUGAGCCUCCGUUCAGCGUCAGUCCAGAUGAUGGUGUUUUAUAUGUGAACCGACGAAUUGACCGAGAGGAAAUGUGCGACCGCAGCAAGGUUUGUGCUGUUGAUUUGAAAACGGUGUUACAAAACCCGCUGGAGAUCCAUCACGUCACCGUAGAGAUUUUGGAUGUUAACGAUCACGCACCGAGCUUCCCGGAGAAUAAGAGCAUGUUGGAGAUUUCAGAAUCAGCUUCUCCUGGAGCGAAAUUCCAGUUACAAGCAGCGCGUGAUGCUGACAGUGGUUUAUUAUCAGUCCAUCAAUAUAAGUUAAGUUCAAAUGAUUUUUUUCGUUUAGAGGUGAAAGAUCGGGGAGAGGACCGUAAAACACCCAGUUUGGUUCUUGAAAAGCCCCUUGACAGAGAAUCAGUAAAAACCCACUCGCUGCUUCUGACGGCAGUAGAUGGAGGGAAACCUCCGAGAUCUGGAAACAUGACAAUAAUUGUUAAUGUUUCAGAUGUUAAUGAUAACCCACCGGUUUUUAGUCAGGAGUCUUAUGUUGCUCAUUUAAGUGAAAACUCUGCUGUUGGUACUACUGUCAUCCAAGUUAAUGCCACCGAUUUAGAUGAAGGCUCAAAUGGACAGGUUGUGUAUUCAUUUGGGAAUGACGUAGAUGUACGGGCACAUACACGUUUUGAUUUAAAUCCCACCACUGGAGUUAUUGUUGUGGCAGGACCAAUCGAUUAUGAGGAGAGCAGCAGAUAUGAAAUUGAUGUUCAGGCGUCUGACAAAGGUGCAGCCACACUGAAAACUGACAAAACAAUAAUAAUUAACAUUAUUGAUUUAAAUGAUAAUGCACCAGAAAUGGAAGUGACCUCUUUUUCAAAAGACCUUCCAGAAGAUUCAAAGCCAGGAACAACAGUGGCGUUGAUUAGUGUAAAAGACUCUGACUCUGGUCUGAAUGGAAAAGUGACAUGUUACAUCAACCAGGACCUCCCCUUUCUGCUCACGCCAUCUUUACAACACAACGUCUAUUCUUUAGUAACUAAAAAUAUUUUAAACAGAGAGCAGCAAUCCCAGUAUAAUGUGCUGAUUACUGCUAAAGAUGGAGGAGAGCCAUGUUUAUCAUCAGAGAAGAUUAUUCCCAUUGUUGUGUCAGAUGUUAACGACAACAGCCCAGAGUUUACACAGAGCCCAUAUACUUUCUAUAUAACUGAGAAUAACACCCCUGGAGAGAGGCUUUUCUCAGUGGCAGCCCAGGAUCAGGAUGAAGGCAGCAAUGCUCUUAUUUCUUAUUUUCUCAUGAGGAACAGAGAAGGAGCAAAUAUGCUCACUUCUUUCUUAAAUGUGAAUUCAGAAACUGGAGACAUUGUGGCUCUGAGAAGUUUUGACUUUGAAACUGUGAAAACGUUCCAGUUCCAAGUUGUGGCCUCAGACUCUGGAAGUCCGUCCCUGAGCAGCAACGUGACAGUGAUCGUGUUCAUUCUGGAUCAGAACGACAACGCUCCAGUCAUCCUGUAUCCAGUCAGCUCCAACGGUUCUGCUGAAGGUGUGGAGGAGGUUCCCCGCAACGUGAACGCAGGACACUUGGUGACUAAAGUCAGAGCCUAUGAUGCUGAUAUAGGAUAUAAUGGCUGGCUGCUGUUCUCACUGCAGGAAGUGACUGACCACAGUCUGUUUGGUUUGGACCGCUACACAGGACAGAUCAGAACACUUCGCUCAUUCACAGAGACAGACGAGGCUGAGCAUAAACUGCUCAUCCUGGUCAAAGACAAUGGCAACGUUUCACUGUCAGCAACAGCUACUGUCAUUGUCAAAGUGGUGGAGCCCAAAGAGGCUUUUGCAGCUUCUGAUGUGAAGAGUUCAGCCAAAGAUGAUGAGGAGACUGAUGUGACUUUUUACCUGAUGAUCACUUUGGGCUCAGUGUCGGUUCUGUUCCUCAUCAGCAUCAUCGUGCUGAUUGCAAUGCAGUGCUCCAAGUCCACAGAAUAUACUUCUAAAUAUCUCCAAGAGGCUAAUUAUGAUGGGACACUGUGUCACAGCAUCCAGUACAGAUCUGGAGACAAACGCUACAUGUUAGUAGGACCCAGGAUGAGUGUAGGAUCUACUAUAGUACCUGGAAGUCACGCAAAUACUCUGGUGCUGCCUGACAGGAGGAACACUUCUGAUGAGGUAAGAUGACUACCUCUCUUUAUAUUUGAAGCAUCAUCCUGAAAAGUUUUUCACUGCCUAUUUUGGUCACACAUUUUGAAUGUACACACUCAAAGAUGCCGUGUCAUUUCAAUUCUAGGAGAGUUGCAAACGUAUUUUGUAGACAUUAUUACAUUUUAGUGUUGAUUUAAUUAGUUUCAGUUUAAAUUAAUGCUCAUUUUCUUUAAAAUAAAUAGGUUGGUAAAUUAAAUUAACUUUCUGCAAAUCAGAAAUAAACACCUACAUGUCUGAAUUGAACACUAACUUUUAUUUUGCUGUUUGAAUCUUUUUACUUUUGAAAAACUUGUAAAUACUUUACGUUAGUUAAAAUACAUUGUGAUGGCAUUAUAAUCCCUCCAGUCUUUCACCUACAAUUCUGCCUUUUCAAUUACCUAUGCUCUUUUAGCUGACGUGAAUAGUAUCUUAAAACGACUGUUAUCAGCUUUUUGCUUGCCGGUAAUAUUUUUCUGGUGGAAUAAAAGUAAGUAAUCUGACAUUACCACAUUCUGUAUCAACAUGUAGUGUUGCUUCAGACUAAAUUUCUCAUCAUCUCAUAAUAGGUUAUUUAUGUCAGUUACUUAAUAUUAUUUACUUCCAGUAUUACUGAAAAUAGCUGCAUUUAUGCUAUAGUUUUCAUAGAAUCAGUGAGACACGCCUCAAACGCUUGGUGUCAGUGACGUUCAGUGUUUCCGUGCACCUUGCAGCACUUUCUCUCCCAUGCUGGACUGGAUUUUUUUUCCUUAAAUAAAACAGCAAGUCGUGUGUUUGAUCGGGACUGACUGCAAGGCAUCUGAUUAGGCUUUUACACAUAAGUAUCUCACACAUUGUUCGGGACCACGGAUUGGAUAUUAGACCAUCACUUUUCCACGGACUGUUCUUUGUCGUGUUUC